CACGGGUGAAGAAAGGUGACACACGAGUGGUUAAAAUUUUCCGACUAAUACCGUUGGCAUGGGCCAAAAAUUUAAAACAAAAUGUUGAUACUAUGUGGUUCCCUUCUGCUAAUUAUAACCUUAUGUCAUGGUAGUGUAACGGGACCACGGUUUAGUGUUAUACACUAUGCUCCAACCCGCGACCCCGAAGAUGUCACAGUCAAUUUUAAGGUGUAUUCAAGUUUCCCGGGUGAACCUGUUGAAAUCUUGUUUGGAAAAGAGUCCAAUGCUGGAAAUAGCGAAAGUCUUGCGGGCGUAGAUCAUCGACUCGUAUCAUAUCAACGACCAGUAGGCCGACCUACUACGAUGCAUAUAGCAUUGGACUUAAAUGGAGAUCAGCCGUUUGGUGUUUAUUAUGCUAAAGCGAAUAUUACAAAAGAGGACAUGGAAACAAACAUCAAGAUGCUUACCAAACACUUCGGAAGUAAGCAACAUAAACGUUUUGCCUUCUAUCAUAAUGUAUUGUUCCCCUCUACGGUACUUCCAACCAACCUCAGCUCAGUCAUCAGAGCGAGUACUGGCGAUCGAUUGGACAUCGGUUUUACUGGCUUGACCACGAACAAACCCAUUGAAUGGAGAAGGAAUGGUGAGGUCCUGUUUAGAGACAAAUCUUCAGAUACAGGGGAGGCGUUUCUAACCCUUGACCCAGUAACGAUUAAUGACUCAGGGAUUUACGAAGUAUACGAACUUGGAAAAAGAAACUUAAAGCAGCAUUCAUUAGUUAACGCUAUCAUUCGAGGUUGCCCGUCGGGAAAGUGGGGACCACCAGCCUGCACUGGAAUAUGUGACAACUGUUAUAAUGGUGGAAUAUGUGAUGCUAGCACCGGGACGUGCAUAUGUCCAACAGGAUUUAAAGGAACUUAUUGCCUUGAAGGUCACUUUUUGUUUUCAAUUUAUAUCAGAAAAAUAGUCAAUAUCCAUAAUAUGGAUUUUCAGAUCAUAAUAUGA